CAACUAACUUUAAUACUUCUCGCUCUCUUCGGCUUCGGUUUCAUCUGGCUCGCUCGCGCUCAUGGUGCCUCGACUAAACUGCACACUCAGCUGCCUUGAUGAUGUGGUGUCGCAAUCUAUCAUCACUCAUGACAUUUUUCUUGAUCUGGUUGACCUUCUCGUUUUUUUCUUUGCAUCAAUAGAACACUGCCAGCAUGCAAUGUUUGCUGCGUGUUCGAUGUGUAGUUAUGUUUGAAGGAGACCCUGAAUUCAUGAACAGGGAUAGCAGUUGAAGGCUUGAAGUGCUCACCAAGUGCCCUCUCAGCACGAGAUUUCUGCCCGAACUACGCGCCAAGCAGCUCUUCUGGUCUGUGCCGAGAAUUAUUUGUGUGGUCUUGAAGCUGCUGCUGCUGCUGCUGCUGCUGUGUGCGGAAACGCUAACCGUCUUGCUGCUGGUGACGCGCGAGAAACUUCUACAAGCCACCAGUCAGCAGGGUGUUGUAUGCUGCAGAGCACACUGCAGCUGCGAACCUCUACAGUGCAGGUUACUACUAGUAGUAGUCGCUACACGCCCAUGGCUAUGAUGGCAUCUCCUCCGACACCACUCGAAGAUAAUGUCACUCUGCGCGUGCAUAGAAAAGAUGAGUCUCAACCCUUCCUUUCAGUUUUCUCUCGAGAAUACGACGACGAAAGCAGCGGGGAGGUCGCACCAGUCAGUGUUCCGGCGCACGGCUACAGCCUUGCACCUCCAUUCCAAGAUCUCCUACUACGGGCUCAGGUACGCGGCAGUCAAUUCUCUUCGUCCGAAUCCCUGCAGAGUAUAUGCAAUGAUCACGGCUUGAUCGACAUGUCCUCAAAACACUCUCCAGCAGUUGGCGCUAACGACGUAGCGGUCACUUCCGACGCGGAUAAUAAUGCAACCAUCGAGAGUUUAGCGGGCAAUGGUGCGGUCGUCGGUAGCCCGAAUGGAUCUGCUGCUGGCAGCGCGGAUGGCGGCAAACGAUCAUCUGCUAGUCGACUUACCCUACUGAAGGGGAAAUCCGCCGCCAGUGCAGGGAGUCCCUCUCGCAGGAGCGGAAAAAGUCGUGAAAUGCAAGUGGAGUUCGAGAGGCAUCGUGGUGAUGGUGCAGGCGCACCCCUGAAUCGUCGGAAGUCUUGGAGCCGAUUCAACUCGGCUGUGAAGUGGCUGCGACCUAGCAAUAAAUCGCGGAACGAGGAUUUCAGGCGACUGUUUGGUGGCGAAGUGCCCGAUGCGGUGGUUGUGGAUGACUAUUCAUGUGCAGUGCACCGGGAAAUCCUAGCCCACGGCAGGAUGUACGUGUGCCAGGAGCACUUCUGCUUCUACGCCAACAUAUUCGGCUGGGAGACGUUCCUGGUGCUGCCCUGCAAAAACAUUCUGAGUAUUGUGCGCGAGAAGACUGCUCAUGUCAUUCCCAACGCAAUCCGCAUCACCGUGUCUGUCCCCGAGCACUCCAUGAGCCCGCAACACAGCACUGCCAGUGGAAGCAGUGGCAGCAGCAGUGCCAGCAGUAGUAGCACUAGCACUGGGCGUCGGAACAAGGACGGCACGCGCAACUACUUCUUCACGUCGUUCGUGUCCCGAGAGACGUCGUUCCAGGUGCUGAUGAAAGUAUGGCAGAACGUGCUGAUAGGUUCGCACAUGAAUGUCCUGCAUCUGCGGAACUACGUGUGUCGCCAGUGGGGUCAUAAAGUGGACACGGAUGAGGCCAAGUCACCAUGCAGAAAACCACCGGGCCAUGGCACUGGACAGGUCGAUAGUGAGGGUCACGCUCUUGGAAGGGCCGGCUCUAUCGACGAGUUCUCCGACGUAGAGCAUGGCGACCCGUCGCUACGCGAAGCGUCAUCACUUGGGUCCGGAAGUGACGAAAACCCCGACGCAUCAGCUGGUGAGGAGACAAAAGACAACGAGGACGAUGACAGUGGAGUCGAGUGGCAAGAAGACGAGUGUGGCUGUGAUGAACACAAGGGAAAGGUCUACAUCGAUCGUGUCGUGUGCCAAAAGCCGUCGGCGCUGUUCAAACUCAUAUUCACGCCGUCUCCGUUCAUGCAGGACUUUUACCAGCAGCGCGGCUUCUUUGCAAUGGAGAUUGAUAACUGGGAGCCGCGUGACAAUGCGGGCAGUGGCGAUGUUCUUGAGUACAGGAAGGUCUCCUACAAGAUGCCCAUGGACAUUCCGAUGGGACCCAAGUUCGCCUCAUCCCUGGAGGAGCAGAGCGUACUGUCCAGCAGCCAUCUGCCAAACAUCUACAUUGUGCAGAAGAACGUGACGAGCAGUGGGGUGCCGAUGGGAAACGCCUUCUCCACCUGCAUUCGUGCAUGCAUCACUCGCGGCAAGGAGCGCGGGACAUCGCGUAUCGUCGUCUCCGGGAGCAUCAACUUCCACAAGAGCAUGCUGUCCAUGAUGAAGAAGCUGAUUGAGCGAGAGGCAACAGCCGGCAUGGGCCGAUACUUCACCGCGCUCUCAGAGUCACUUGAUCAUUAUUUCUCGGAGGAUGUGCCUGAUGGCGAGUCAUCAAGUCCGCAGUCCGCGUCGGUCCAGAGAGCGGCCGCCGCAACUGUUGAGCGCGAAGACCACCGGCACGGAUCGUCCAGUGACGGCGCAGUUGACAGUGAUUCUGGUCCCAAAGCUCAGCAGAGUGCAAAGCCAAAGACCAAUGGACAGCACCAUCAAACUACCACUCCUCUCACCAAGCAAGCCGACGCAGUCUCUGGUUCAGGGACGCUGCCGUUCUUCAGCCUACCUAGAAUAGCUUACGGCCUGCUCCUGCUACUCGGAGUUCUAAUAGUUGUUGUUCUGCUGCGUAGUCUUGUGCCGUCCACUUGGCAGCCUGUCCUAUUGCUUGGUGAAGACUCACAUAUAUCCCAGUGCCCCGUUGUGAAGUGUGAGGAAUCUCCGCCGUUUCUUGCGCAGCACGAGUCCAGGUCUGAGUCAAUAUCUGACGGAGUACGAUCACCACCGCAUGUACAGAAGUGGGUGGAGAUCCUGCAGCUGCAGCAUGCGCUUCACGAGCAGCAGAUCUCGCAGUGGCAGAACCUGCUGCACCUCACCUCGUCCACUCUAAUGAAUGUCUCCAUUGCACUCAAUCACCUACUGCACCGGCACACAGAGCUUAUUGAUGCACAGCUGCAGGCAUGCAGUCAUCAACGCAGCUAGCCUCACAUGAUUCUGCAACACCGGCACCACAGCUUGUAGGUUCACUCAUGCCACAUCGCAGUCCGAUAGUUUGCCAGAUCAUGGCCCCAACUGGUCUUGUCCACACCCUGGUGUUUCUUAGACGGUAUGACACUUACCGGCCUGAACUGAGUGUGUGUGUGUGUGCAUGUGUGUGUGUGUGUGUGUGUUUUCUAGUAAAAUUUAUAAUCUAGACAACUACUAGUGAGGUACUUGAACGUUUUUCAGCGUUACUAACUGAACUUGAGUUUGGAAGACGCCGAACAUUAUCUACAACUUUGGUCAGUACUGGUGCUAUGAACGGACUAUUAUCAUCAAACUACACCACGCUGGACUCAACAUGUGCCACUAGGUUUUGAUGUAUCGCCUUUCCCACGGCUUGUCACUUGACUGCUAAUUAUCUUACCUUGACCUGUACCGUUUAACGUGACAUGAUUGUAUGUGUGUGGGCGUGUAUGAUUGUGUAUGUGUGUGGGCGUGUAUGAUUGUGUAUGUGUGUGGGCGUGUGCACGUGUGUGUAACUGUAUUUCCUUUUAAAAGUCUUGUUAGUGCUAAGAUCAAUUGAUGUACUAGUAGGUGUAGUUUCUGCCAGGCUUUAUACUACAGGAAGACACCCUUCAUUGAUGCUGCUGAGUUUUCCAUAAUAAUAUUACUAUUAUGUUGCUGCUGUUGAUUUAUUGCGUGUUACGUGCUGUGUACCUUCUCUUCAGUAGACGACUGACCGGGCUGGUUCCGAACUUCGUAUUUUAGUGGUCGAUACAUGGCUGCCGAGUUAAGCUUCUCCGUUGAUAUGUUUAAGGCAUCUUUCCUAGCUUUUUACUUACCUCGGCGUGUAUGUAUUUGCUGGGUUUCUUGAACUUUUUUUGUUUUAAAGUGACCCUUUGCUGACUUCUGACUUGGUCUAACAUCUACACGUACACGUACCCACGUCAAGUUCUAUACUUAUACUGGAUGUCACUGUGA